AUGGGAGACCUUGAAGCAGGAAAGAUCUUUAUUCGAAAAUGUGCUCAGUGCCACACAGUGGACAAAGGUGGGAAACACAAGACUGGCCCAAACCUCUGGGGCCUCUUUGGUGGAAAAACAGGACAAGCACCAGGAUUUUCAUACACAGAUGCAAACAAAAACAAAGGCAUUGUGUGGGGAGAAGCAACACUGAAUGAAUAUUUGGAGAAUCCUAAGAAAUACAUCCCUGGGACUAAAAUGGUCUUCGCUGGUCUUAAAAAGAAGAGUGAGAGAGAAGAUCUUAUUCAAUAUUUGAAACAGUCAACAUCUUAA